GCGAUAGGUGGCGGCGCAACUAACAUUAUACUGUGCGCGAUUAUUUUUGUGGUCAUGUGUUUCAAAAUUCUUAAUCAUUUCGUAUGUUUUACUCAUUACUGAGAAUAUAUUAGUAAGUUCAAGCACUCCAGAUGUCAGUGUUGAAUAUGUUUGUUAAUUUCAAAGAAGAAAAGUAUCUUGUUGCAUGUAUAAAAUUAUCGCAUUGUGUCUUUAUGCUACAUUUACUACGUUUGUAGACUAGUGUAAUGUCACCGUCACACUCAUUUUGUAUUGUAAACUGAUUUCUGUUUGAGUUAAGCCUUCAGCUUCACUGAUGUCGUUAUACAAGUUACAACUCAAAAACAUUCUCAGACUGUUUUGGUAAAGUUUCUUAUGGGUUUUAUAACCUGUAAAGUCCUGAAAAAGUGGUAUUCCAGUGUUAGAAAGUUUUUAUGGUACUAUUAUUAUUAAAUUACAAUGGAGAAGUACAAAAAGAUAAAAAAAAUUGGAGAGGGAUCUUUUGGAACAGCUUUACUUGUGAAAGAGAAAGAAAGUGAUGUAUCAUUUGUUAUGAAAGAAAUAAACAUUUCAAAGAUGUCUCAGGAUGAAAGGGAUGAAGCACAAAAGGAAGUGGCAGUUUUGUCUCAGAUGAGACAUCCAAAUAUAGUGGGGUAUCGAGAGUCCUUUGAAGAGAAUGGAAAUUUAUACAUUGUGAUGGACUAUUGUGAUGGAGGAGAUCUUUAUUCACAAAUUAAUCAACAACGUGGAAUGCCAUUUCCUGAGGAUACCAUAAUAGAUUGGUUUAUUCAGAUCUGCCUAGCUUUAAAGCAUGUGCAUGACCGUAAGAUUUUGCAUAGAGAUAUAAAAUCUCAAAAUAUUUUCUUAACAAAAGGAGGUCUGGUAAAAUUAGGGGAUUUUGGAAUAGCUAGGGUAUUGAGCAGUACUGCAGAACUUGUUCGUACUUGUAUUGGAACACCAUAUUAUUUAUCCCCAGAAAUUUGUGACAAUAAACCAUAUAAUAAUAAGAGUGACAUUUGGGCAUUGGGAUGUGUUUUGUAUGAACUCUCAACACUCAAACAUGCAUUUGAAGCUAAAAACAUGAAAAACUUGGUUCUCAAAAUAAUUAGAGGAUCAUAUCCUCCUGUUCCUCCACAUUAUAGCUAUGACUUAAGGAACUUAAUAAAUCAGCUUUUCAAGCGAAAUCCAAGAGACCGUCCUUCAAUUAAUGUCAUUCUAAGAAAACCAUUCCUUUUUAAAAGGAUUAGAAAAUUCCUUACAGACUCACAGUAUCAAGAAGAAUUUAGUCACACUAUUAUCCAUAACUCUCAAAAACCAAGAAUAUUUCCUGCUGUAAGGACACCUACUCCUCAACCAAUGGGGGAGAGGGAAAACAAAGUUAAAAUCACUGGGCCAGCAGCAAAAUAUGGGAAUUCCAUUGCACUAAAAAAACCAAAAACUGUACAGAAAAAGAACUGUGAUUUUCAGAGUCAACAGAACUUGGUAGCAUGUAAAAAGUCUAAUAAUUUACCAAAUAAAAAGCAAAAAAAUGAGGCCAACAGUAAUGAAAAUGUCAGCAAAAAGCAUAUGCAGCUUUUUGAAAAACAGAAAAUAAUGCGAAUAAACAGAGCUAGAGAAGGUUGGAAAAAUCUUAUUUCAUAUGAAAAAAAAGCUCAAAAGGAAGUGUUUCCACAUGUUCAUAAACCAGAAGUGAAUAAAAUAAAAUAUGAAUAUCAAGAACCAAACUUUAAGCAAAGUUAUGCUCAAUUUCAUGAGUUAAUUAAUAAAUUGCAAGGAAGUAACAACCAAAGAAAAGAAAAUAUGAAGAAUACUGGUUUGUAUCACUGGUAUUCAGUAAAUAGUAGUACAAGUCAGUUAGGUGGAGUAUCAAGAGAUAAAAAAAAUAUUUCUGAACAAAAUGAAUUAUCCAAACCUGCACAAUAUAAUACUUUGAUAGAGGAGUUUCUGGCAAGAAGAAAUCAAGCUCAUCUUAACAAAAUGAAUGCAGAAAGAGAGAUAUUGGACAAAGACAUUUCUUUCGUUAAUGAACCUCAAUCAUUAGAUAACUUAUGUAAGAGAGAACAGCAACAACAUGAGAGAGAAAGAGAAUAUUUGUCAUGUUUUGAAGCCAUUCGGCAACAAAACUACAUAGAACAAAAAGAAAUAUAUGAGCGAAUGAAGGCAAGAAAAUCUGAAAAUCCCACAGCAUUAUGUAUAGCAGAAGAGAAAGAAAAGCAUGUUGAUUCUGAAACAACUUUAAAAAAUUAUACUGAAAAGUUGAGAGUUAGAUUACAAGCAAAACUAUGUAAAGCUUAUGAAGAAGAAAAAAUAAAGAUAAAGAGUGGAGAAAUGAAGAAUUAUAUGUUUCCACAUGUAUCAAAAAAUGAUUUCUUACUAUCUUUGCAUAAAGGUGCUUCACAAAGAGAAACUCCUGAAGUUACAGUGAAUUUUGAAAAACAAAACUACAAUGGUAACAAUUUAAAAUCUGUAUAUGGUAUUAUUUCUUCAUCUAGAUCAAAAUGGAGUGAGUUAUCAGUAGUCAAUGAUUUAGCAAACUUACCUUUACAAGAAACAGCAUCUCAAAUGGAAUCUACUACUCCAUCAGAUGGUGUCAUAAUGUUCAGUAGACCAGUGUCAGCUCCUGUCAGUUUACCCAAACUGUGCAGAAGUCAGUGGCAGAAACCAUCAUCUACCCUUCUUAGAGCUCUUAGUGAAGCCAGUAUUUUAAGUGAAACCACUAGAAGUCCAGAUGCUAUUUAUGAAAGCUAUUUUGUUGAAACUAAAAAUUUUCACAACUGUUUUGACAACAAAAGUAGUCAGAAAGCAAAUAAUGAAACUAGUCAAAAGUGUGAAGAUAAUCUUCUAAGAAGUGGUGAGUUAACUUACAAAGAUGUACACAUAGGAAGAAGUUUUGAAGAAAAUAGUAAAGUAAAUUUAACAAGCAAAAUGCUUAGUGAUGAGAAUUUUGGUAAUAAUACCACAGAAGAAAAUCAGAAUGAAAAACCUCUAAAAGCGUCAGAGACAAACAUUGAUGAUUCUUGCACUAUGUACCAUACAAAAGAAGACAUUCAGACAAAUAUGAAAAAACAUGCUACAAUAAAUGUGGAGGAAUUACAUAUAACUAAAGAUGGUUAUAACAGCUUACAAGUACCACAGCAAGAAACAAUGGCACAAGUAGAAGAUAAGUGUGAGCUUCUUUGUUGGUCUAAUGUAACACACGAAGAGAAAAGUAGAAUGAAGAAAAUACAAACUAACUCAUCCUUGAGUUCAGAAAUACUUAAAAUGGAUCACUGUCAAAAAGAUAACAUUAAGAUGGUCACUGAAAAUGAUUGUCCAAGAGUUGGUAAUGAGCACGACUCUUCAGAAAAUGUUAGAAAUGUAAUUUCCAAAAGUUCUCAUGAUGAUGAUGAUAUUUCAAGAAAUAGCACUGAACAAAUAACAGAAAUAAAAUCUGAAAGAAACAAAGUCACAGAGAUUAUUCCUCAAAAACAAAGUCUAAGUGAACCUAUGGUAACUGUUUUUGAUGAUUUAAGUAAGCCCUUAGAGAAUAUAUACCAGGAAACUUGCAAUAGCUUAUUCUUUCUUUCCACUGCUAAAAGUGAUACAAGUUAUAAGGAUACGUUUGAGUCAUAUAGAAGUGAAGGACAAGAUGUAUAUGGCGAUGAAAUUGUUUCACAAUCAUUUGAUAAAGAUGAGGAUAAAAGUAAUUCAGAAUCCACUUUGGUUGCAGAUUAUAUUGUUAAUUCAACAACUGAUGACAUUGAUUUUGGUUUUGUAGAUGAUUGUGUUGGUACUUAUUUUCAUAUGUUACCGGAAUGUCAAUUUGAAGAAGCAAGUAGUAAUGAUAAAGAACUUGAAAAUGGUAAUGUAAAUGAAACAAUAUCCCAAGCUACUGAAGAAAGCGACAAGCAAGAUAUUAUAUUCCCAAAUUAUCAAAAAGAAUUUGAACAAGUUAAAGAAGUUUAUGGCAAUGAACAAGAAAUAGAAUAUUUGGAAGAUCAUAGGUUAGACAAAGAACUAAAAAUAAAAGAAACUGAGUGUAUGGAUGGAAAUGUUGGCUCAGUUUUAUCAUCUGAUUUACCAUUAUACCAACAUAACUCUGAAAAUAUAAGUAAUCAAGAAGACAUUGGAAGUCUGACUGAGAAUUACCUGAUAGGGAUAAAUUUUUCAGAAAAUGCUGUAUUACAAAAGAAUGUAGAUCGUAAGAUUCAUGACUUAAAUAUUGCUGAUAUGGAUUUACUCAUUACUGCCAAUGAUAGAGAUGAUUCCCAAGAAAACUGCUUAUUUGAAAUGGGCAGUCGGAGUAAGUAUGUUUGUGAUGAUGGAAGCUCUUUUUCAUCUGGUUUUGUAAGUGGAUAUGAUAAAAGUGAAGGAGACUCUAGUUGUUGUACAUAUGAUCAAGAUUCUGAAGAGAAGACACCAGAACACAGAAAUCUAGGUGGUAAUUUAGGUAUGACAUUAGAUAUGUUGUCAUUGGUUCCUACCAGCCAAAAUUUACCUUUAAAACUGAACCAGAUGUUGAUUGAUGAAAUCUCAAAUGUCAUUCCACAAACUGAACCAACCUGUUUAAUUGAACCAGUUUCAAAAACCAUUUUGGAAGGGAAUACCACUGUAGAAAAAAAUGUUUGUGAAGAUAAUAAAAUUUCCAAAACAAUAGGUAUUGAGGAAAAUGUUGAAGAUGUUAUGUCUGAAAUAGUGCCUAAUGUAACAGGACUGGUUAAUGAACCUCUUCAAGUUCUUGUUCUAGAAGAAGAAGAAAAUUUUGGCUUAUUUGAACAAAGCAAACAAGAUUGUGAAGUGUUAUAUAACAAGUUAGAUUUGAAAAAAAUACAUUCUGCAAAUUCUGUGGAAUAUGAAACUGCCAAGGAUAAAAAUAUCACUAUAGAAAAUUUAGGUGUACCUGCGCAUAGGACUGAUGAAUAUUCUUCUCAAAAGGAGAAGGAAGAAAUCAGAAACAUUUAUAUAUCUGCAGAUGUGACUGAAGUUAAAGAAGCAACUGGUGUACCAAGUGUUACUUUUACAAGUGAUACACAUGUGCCACACUUGCGCACUUCUUCCCUUCCAGACCUAAGAUACUUUACAGUGUCAAAAAAUGAAGUUCAACUGAGGAAUAUUUCUGUAGGAGAAGAAAAUUCUAAAAAGGAAAAUCUUGUACAACUUAACCAUGAUUCUGAAGAACUGUUUGAUGGAGAUGAUUACACUGUGAUAGAAAGUUCAGAGUAUAGUGAUGAGUCUGAUGAUGAUUUACGCAGUGUGAGGGAAUCCAUGGAAUUGAUACUCAGACAGUCCCAGUCGUCACAAGACCUAGGCAGUGACAGACAGGAUACUAUUUCUGUGUCAAGCUCCAUUAUAUGGGCUCUUGAUGAUGGUGGUUUUCAGACUGAUCAAGACUUUGAGGUUUUCAGUCAUUUGGAACAACUAAGAACAGACUUGGAAACUGAAUUAGGAUUAGAAAAAUUUCUACAAGUUUACAAAGAAAUGCAAGCCUUCCAUGAUGAUGAUGAUGCAAGUAUUUCGGAAGGCCUAGAUCGAGUACAUAGAAUUUUAGGGCCAGGUCGUGAACACUUAGCCACAAUGAUUCUUCAGUUAGUUAUGGCAGAUGGAAUAUAUACUGAAGGAAAUGAAUAAUUAUGUUCAUGGUAGCAUGAGAAGGUUCUCACAGAUCACAUAUGAAAGAAAUCCGUGUUCAUUUGUGCUGUGUGGCACAUGCAUAAAGAAUAACCAUCUGCAUUGUUGCUGAAGAUGUAAAAGUCCGUCCACGAAUAGAUACAAUAUCGUCUUUUUCGGCCUUAGACUGAAAUGAAACUAAGUUUAUUCUGUUUCUUUCAUUUCAUAUUUGAUAAAAUGGAAACUUCACUUUACUGACUUGUGAUAUUUAUUAUUUUGCACUCGAUUCUUGCAGGAAAGUAUUUGAUCUUUCAUCACUUGCAAAGUGUUUUCUUUUCAAAGUAUUUCUCAGAUUAUGUUAAUAUGAACAAUGUAUAAUUAUAGUGUGUGUAAAUGAACAUAUCUUGUGGAAUAGUAAUUACCUAGUACCUGUAAUUGUAAUAUAAAAAUGUUCCUGUAUAAACUUGUCUUUUGUAAAAAAAACGAAUUAUCAUUGUAGUUAAAAUUUUCACACAUUAUAAUAAAUUAUUUAAUUUGUAUCUCUAUUUGUACUUGGUGCACUUUCCUUUAAAACGUGUUUUAUAAUCAAUUGUUUUAUAAAAAUAAAAUUUCUUUGGAGAAAGAAUUGUUACAAGAUUCUUAAUAAAUGAUGGCUUCUUUAUUUGUACUGCUUGUACAGAGAAAUAAAAUAUGUUAAUAAAAAAUGGAUUGGUUUA